AUGCAGACGAUUAACAGUGCAAGAAAUUUCUUUGAGUUUGCUCAUUUCAAAAGGUUCCAACUUCCUGCAAUAACUUUUUGCAAAAUAUGUGAAGCAAAAAAAUUUAUCAGAGAACUCCCAAGUAUAUGCUGUGCAAACAGAAAAGUCACAUUAGCAAAAGUUGACAUACCUAAAGACUUGAAUGAUUUAUUUCUUAGAAAUGACAAAACCAGAAUAGAAUUCGACAAAAUAUUCGGUGAUAUCUACCAUGCGAUACCUGAUUUCCUUCCCGAUGAUAACUCUCUACGAUUCCUUCAACUCUACGUUUAUGAUACUGAACAUGCUGAUAUAAACAGGUUAAAAAUCAUGUCUUCGUUACAUCAAAAUAUGAUUAGCCAAAUUAGACGUAUUUUAAAUGAUGUUAACCCUUUUGUUAUAAACUUUUAUUGUCUUUCUGAAAUUUGUAACCUUUCAUGUUGCAAGCUUAUUAUCAAGGCUAACUCAGGUCUUGAUCAACAUAUAUAUAACUCUCUGAUGGCUUCGCAAGUAGCAACUAUUUAG